AUGGAUCCAACAAGUAUCUCCAAUAAGCGUGCCUUGGCACUUGACGACGAUGACGAUGCCGGGAAACCAUCCAAACAACCAAAAAGAGUGGAAAAGGCUGCUGAACCGGACGCCUUCUAUCUGGACAACCUGAGCACCGACCCAAAGAAUGAUGACACGCGGUUGGCCGAGCCUGCUGACACCUUCUAUGGUAAUGUCUUUGCCAAUUUGGAGUGUGCCGAGUACUGGGAGGCCACCAACGAGAUGACACAAGAUAACCGCGAUCUAGCGUGUCAUCAGGCGGCCAAAUCAGGUAUCCUCCGAAUCGUUCAGUGGGCUUGCGAGAAGAACCCCGGCUUUCAAGAUGAGAUUACUUGUCAGUAUGCAGCCGGAAAUGGUCAUUUGAAAGUUCUGCAGUGGCUGCACGACAACAACUUCCCGUUGGAGGCAGCAACACGCAACAGUGCUGCCGAAAAUGAUCAAUUGGAAGUCUUGAAGUGGCUGGAUGAGAUUGGUUGUCAACCCGACGAAAAAACAAGCAGUGUGGCUGUGGCAUGUGGAUCUCUGGAAGUUGUCAAAUGGCUCCAUGCAACCCAGCGUCCAUUGGAGGAAGACCUAUACAUUACGGCUGUAGAACAUGGCCAAUUUGAGGUCCUUCAAUUUCUGUGUGAAAAGGAAUUCCCAUGGGAUGAAAACAUUUGUUCCAUUGCAGCCAUGAAUGGAGACAUUCAUAUUUUGAAGUGGGCUCACAAAAAGGGAUGUCCCUGGGAUGAGAACACUUGUUGGAAGGCUGCCUUUUCUGGGCAGUUGGAUACUUUGAAAUAUGCUCACAAAAAUGGAUGUCCUUGGAACGAAGAAACCUGCACAAUGGCAGCUAAACAUGGACACCUUGAUCUUCUGACAUGGGCUCGUGAAAACGGCUGUCCAUGGGAUGAAGAGGUAUUUUAUGAAGCCGCUCGGAAAGGUCAUCUGGAUGUGCUCAAUUAUGCUCAUGACAAUGGAUGCCCCCCUAAUGAAGAUACCUGCUUAGCUGCAGCGCUGGUUGGACAAUGGGAGACCCUGCAGUGGGCCCAUGAACAUGGUUUCGCUUGGGAUGCAGAAGUAUGUGCUGGGGUAGCACUCGCAGGGAAUCUGGAUAUACUCAUGUAUGCUCGUGACAAUGGUUGUCCUUGGGACGAAAAGACUUGUGCAUCUGCAGCGAUGGGUGACCACUUGCAUGUCUUGAAGUGGGCACGUGAAAACGGCUGUCCCUGGGAUGAAAGAACCUAUGCACAUGCGAAAUCCAUGAAACAUUCGGAGGUUCUGGCCUGGGCUGUGGCAAACGGUUGCCCACAAGACGCUGUAGCAGAGUAG